CACUGCCUGAUGAGCCUCCACGUCUGCUAGGACCACAUCAUGUACGGGGCGAGGACCCUCUAGGCCGUCGGUGGCUAUAUGCUGGUCUAUCUCGCAUGUCAUCCGCAACUGGGCUCGGUGUCUACAGGGAUGCAUUGGAUCGGAUGUCUGAGGACCAGAUCACAUGGAUGCCGUUUAGACCUGAUAUGUUAGCAGAGUUGCCCCCAGCUGGACGAGAGCAUACUCACAUCUGGCGAGCACGUGUCCCGUUGAUAUGUUUUGACAUUGUUGAGCUGCAUUUGCCUGAUAGAGUCAUGCGACAGUUUGGGUUUGAGCAGGUCGUUCCACGUCCUAUCGACACUUAUGUAGAGCUGCAUAAGCUGGAUAGGCGUGGGAAGCAUACAGAGGAUUGGGCACUCAGACAUGUCCGAUACGUGACUAUGUGGGAAAGGAGAGCUGAGCUAGCUGUGGUUGGGACACCCACAUAUGUGCCAUCUGUUUCAGGAGACUACAUGGGAUGGUACUACAACAUCACUCGGUUAUUUGUGUCUCCUUCGUUCAGACUCCCUACUCAUCAUUAUCAGCCUAGCUCCUUGGCUUUGCAUCUUACG